ACCAUGGUCUCGAUCUCCUGACCUCAUGAUCCGCCCGCCUCGGCCUCCCAAAGUGCUGGGAUUACAAGCAUGAGCCACCACGCCCGGCCCAUUUAUACCACUUUUUAAUGGGCUCUGUUAAAAUGAAAUGCAAUGGAAACAGAAAAAUAACCUGUUCAGUUGCUUCAUCAUACCUGCUAAAUGAGGUCCCACAGUUGGUCCAAGGCCUCGCCUCCAGAAAUAUUGUAAAAAUUGCUGCCCAUUCUGAUGGUCACCACUACCUAGCCUUGGCUGCCACUGGAGAGGUAUACUCUUGGGGCUGUGGGGAUGGCGGACGGCUGGGCCACGGGGACACUGUGUAUGUAUUGCUCAUUUCUGUAGGGGACACACUCUCCUUUUAUGUUGCCGUAUCCUAAACAGGAUGGAGCACAGAAGUGUGUCCAGGUGUUUUCCAGCUGCCCUGACAUUUAGCGCUGGGGUGGAGCUGGACGCUACAAUAUGCCCCCUCCUUGGUGAUGGCUUAGGAGCUCUGCCCAUGCAUGGAGGGCAACAGGAAUUGGCCUUUCUGCUCUUCUCCACCCCGUGCAGCCUUGGCUAGCCUUCUAUCUACUCAAACUGCAUCCCCACUCUGGAGUUGACCAAAACAAAUCCUACACCACUGUUCCUUUAUUCACAAACAGUUCACCCUGUCUCCCAUAGAUAAGGUUGUCACCCUUUCCUUGAACCAUAAUAUUAUUUUUACAGGAGCAAAAGUCAGCAGUUUCUUCCUAAUAUUAUCCUAUUCGGUGGAACCUUUUAUUGUGAAGGAACAGAGAUAAAACAAAGUUGUUAUAAAUGGCAGGUUGUAAGAAUUGGGAGGUCUGCCAGCCCCAUGGAGUGAUGGGAACCCUCUUGUACUUUGCUGUUGUGCGCGGAACUUUGGCAUUAGGUUUAAAUGAAGGAUGUAUGUACACACCAACCCAGCAAGCCCAUUUCAUGCGGGCCGGAGCCCUGAGCAGGGAGCGGGCAGAGCAGAGCUUGAAAUGAGCGAAGUCAUGACUGCCCUGUGUCCCUUGAGAGGAGCCUGGAGGGCAUGGGCCAUGCGCACCACAGGGUGGAGUUGAGGGCAUCAUUGCCGACAGCAUCUGCUGGGAAGAUCCCAAACUGGGAGAAAAGCAGAGUGAUGCGCAUCGUGUGGUACAUGUAUGCCAACCUCAGAACAGCCCAACCCUGACGGUGUUGUAAGGGAUUCAGACAAAUGUAAAAUGAGUGAAAAACAAAAGACUGAUCUCCAUGGAAUUUAUAGCUGUUACUCUCACACUGGAUCCUAAAGGCUGGGAUUGACAUGGGGGACACGGGACUUGAAAGACGUCAAGGGCCUCUGGAGGAGCCUAAGGUGAUCUCCGCCUACUCUGGAAAGCAGGCCAGGAAGGACGUGGUGCACAUCGCUUGUGGGAGCACUUACAGCACGGCCAUCACUGCCAAGGGGGAGCUGUACACCUGGGGCCGUGGGAACUAUGGCUGGCUGGGCCACGGGCAAGUGUGGUCUUGGGGAGAUGGUGACUAUGGGAAAUUGGGCAGAGGUGGUAGUGAUGGCUGCAAAACCCCAAAGCUGAUUGAAAAGCUUCAAGACUUAGAUGUGGUCAAAGUCCUCUAUGGAAGUCAGUUUUCCAUUGCUUUGAUGAAAAGUGGCCAAGUUUAUUCAUGGGGAAAAGGUGACAACCAGAGACUUGGACACGGAACAGAGGAAGAUGUUCGUUAUCCAAGACUCUUAGAAGGCUUGCAAGGGAAGAAGGUGAUUGAUGUGGCUGCAGGCUCCACCCACUGCCUGGCUCUGACUGAGGACAGUGAGGUCCACAGCUGGGGGAGCAACAAGCAGUGCCAGCACUUUGACACGUUGCGCGUGACCAAGCCAGAACCUGCGGCAUUCCCAGGACUGGACGCCAAACACAUAGUGGGAAUUACCUGUGGGCCGGCCCAGAGCUGUGCUUGGUCAUCGUGUUCUGAGUGGUCCAUUGGCCUCCAUGUCCCUUUUGGGGCAGAUAUUUGCUCAGUGACUUCUGAGCAGCUGGAUCUCCUGCUGCGGCAGGUGAGUGAGGGGAUGGACGGCUCCGUGGACUGGCCCCUGCCUCAGGAGAAAGAGUGCGUGGCCGUGGCAACGCUGAAUCUUCCCCGACUUCAGUUGCAUGCUGCCAUUAGUCACCAGGUUGACCCGGAAUUCCCUGGCUUAGGUCUGGGCAGCGUCCUCCUGAAUAGCCUGAAGCAGGCGGUGGUGACCCUGGCCAGCAGCGCGGGCAUGCUGCUGAGCACCGUGCAGUCGGCCGCCCAGGCCGUGCUGCAGAGAGGCUGGUCCGUGCUGCCGCCCACCGCCGGGAAGCCAGACCGGGCACUCUCUGCUCUCCUGCCCUGCACAGUUUCAGGCAAUGAAGAGAACAUGAGUCCAGGUCAUCAAUUCAUGAUUGAUCUUCUGGUGGGCAACUUCAUGGCUGAUGGAGGGUUGGAGUCAGCCUUACACGCAGCCAUUACUGCAGAGAUCCAGGUAUGGCCUUGGAGGCACACAUGACCUGGUGGUGCGCUGAGAUCGGACAUACCACACUCACACAUAUGAAGAAUAACUGAAAACACUAAAACACUAAACUUUUAUCAUAUCCAAGUAUUUUUUUAAAUUAAAAUUCUUUUAUGUGCUAAUUUUUAAAAUUAUUGAGAUGAUUUGUGAUAAAAUACUGCAUUUUGUCUGUUUCAGUGAAGUUAGCAGGUAACCUGUUCAUCAUGUAGACCAUUCCCGUCACCCGGAAAGAUCCUUGUGCCCCUUGGCACUUGCAGCCAGGAUACUCCCCUGCCCUCAGAUUGGAUUCAUUUUGCCUGCUCUGAGUGUCACAGCAAUAUAACUGUAUAGUAUGCUCUCUUUCCUGCUUUGCUUUGGAGAAUGAUUUUCAGAUUCACUCACUGUUGUGUGUAUUGUGACUUCGUUUUCAUUAUUGGGAAGUUUUCCAUUUUAUAGGUUUAGUACUGUUUGUUAGUUCAUUCUCCUAUUGAAGGACAUUUAAUUGUUUUUGGUUUUUGUUUGUUUGUUUUUUUGAGACAGGUUCUUUCUGUGUCACCCAGGGUGUACGCAGUGACCUGAUGUUGGCUCACUGCAGCCUUGUCCUCCUAGGCUCAAAUGAUCCUCCUACCUCAGCCUCCUGUGUUGCAAGGACCACAGACAUGUCACGAUGCCCGGCUAGUUUUUUGAUUUUUUUGUAGAGACAAGGUGUUACUGUGUUGCAAGGCUGGUCUUGAACUCCUGGGCUCAAGUGAUCCCCCCACCUGGGCCUCCCAAAGUGUUGGGAUUACAAGCGUGAGCCACCGCGCCCAGGCUUUCUUGUUUUUGGCCAUGUAGAGCUGCCACGAUUGUGCUGUGAACACGUACUUUAGUGAACAUAUGUUCUCCCUUUGGGUAAACACUUGGAGUGGAAUUUAUUAGGUCCUGGGGUAAGUGUGUGUUUGUAGUUUCUCAAAGUGGCUUUGCCAUUUACAUUUGAACCAGGACUUUUGUGUGUGAGAAUUCUAGCUCCUUCUUGUCCUUACAAAGCAGCUGGAUGCUGCGUCUAUGGAGCAGAUCACAUUGGGUUUUGUGAGAGCCAUUAGCAGGGUUAACAAUUUUAGGGACUUCACAGAAGGAGGCUGGAGAGCAUCAGCAGAGGCAGCCUGGACCUUGGAUCUGUAAAAAGAAGACACUGUUUGAAACUGCACAACUGAGUUGGGGUUUCCACCAGGGCAGGUGGGGGCCUGUGGGUAGGUGUGUGCAGUAGCCACAGAGGCUGGGAUAGCUUGGCAUUGGGGUCAGGGCUCAGCCAGCCUGUGUGUUUUCACACCUGCUAAUGAGAUCACUUGUAAAUAAUUUCCGUUUAUGAAUUACGGGACAUUGAAGCCAGAAAAGAAGCAGAGAAGGAAAAAGAAAUUGAUGAACAGGAAGCGAAUGCCUCAACAUUUCAUAGAAGCAGGACUCCACUGGAUAAAGACCUUAUUAGUAUGGGAAUCUGUGAGUCUUCUGGCAAACAGUGUUUGCCUCUGGUUCAGCUCAUAGAACAGCUUCUUAGGGAAAUCAUAUUAGCUGUAUUGUAUUGUGUUUUAUUUAUUUACUUUUUUUUUUUUUUUUGAGACAGAGUUUCGCUCUUGUUGCCCAGGCCAGAGUGCAGUGGUGCGCUCUUGACUCACGGCAACCUCUGCCUCCCAGGUUCAAGUAAUUCUUCUGCCUCAGCCUAUCGAGCAACUGGGAUUAUAGGCAUGCGCCACCAUGCCCGGCUAAUUUUGUAGUUUUAGUAGAGACGGGGUUUCUUCAUGUUGGUCAGGCUGGUCUUGAACUCCCGACCUCAGGUGGUCCACCCACCUUGACCUCCCAAAAUGUUGGGAUUACAGGCAUUAGCCACCAUGCCUGGCCUAUUUAUGUACUUAUUAAUUUUUUUUUUUUUUGAGACGGAGUCUCUAUCGUCCAGGCUGGAUCAUGAUCUUGGCUCACUGCAACCUCUGCCUCCUGGGUUCAAGCUAUUCUCCUGCCUCAGCCUCCUGAGUAGCUGGGACUACAGGCGUCUGCAACCACACCUGGCUGAUUUUUGUAUUUUUAGUAGAGACGGGGUUUUACCUUAUUGGUCAGGCUGGUCUCAAACUCCUGACCUCAGGUGAUCCACCUGCCUUGGCCUCUCAAAAUGUUGGGAUUACAGGUGUUAGCCACUGUGCUUGGCCUGUAUUGAAUUUUAAUAGGUGAUUAUUGGUUUUCAUAUUAAGAUAGUGAAAUCUAGCACAAGGAUCUCAAAAAUUUGUUUGGGGAUUGAAGGAAUAUUCUGAAAAUUACGUAGUAUAGAUUUUUGGAUAAAGAGCAGACCCUUUUAAAUAUAGGUGAGAGGAGAAGUUGGAGGGUGUGGUGAUGUUCAAAAGUUUUUCACAGAAGGGAAAUUGGGUGUGCAGUAAACCUGGAAAAAGAUUCUUACUAAUAAGCAGGUGGAUGCAGAUGAAAAUCGUCAUGGAAGGUUAUUUUUAAAAUUGGUUGUAUCAUUGCCUCACUUUACAUAUUACAGAGUUAUACAUACUACUUUGUAAGAUAACUUUUCUUUUCAAAACUGAAGUCAAUGUGAAAGAAUGGUGAGCAUUGUUUUGGAAGGCCCGACUAGGAGGAGAUGGGAAGAAGUCAGACUCAGCCUGUGAACAGAAGCUAACCUUGGCAGAAGCCAAAAUGGUCAGACAGUGUUGUUUAAAAGUGAUCAUUCAAGAAGAGUGAAACAGCAAGGUGAUUUGUGAAAGAGAUUUAUUAGAAAAUGAAACACAUUUGUACCUCUGUUUAAUAAAAAUCUGCUUUUUGUCAA